UAUGCACGUUUUGUGUUUUGUGUGUUGCAAGUCUCGACGUGUUGUUUAUUCUGCAUUGUUCUUUUUGUGAAUUCUAAAAAGAAACCAAUUUAUUUUGGAUAAAUAAUAUACAUUUGAAGACUUAGAUUUAAAGAAGAAAACUUUCAUUGAUUUGUGAUUAAUUUAGAAAAUGUGAUAUUAACGUUUUUUAAAUCAGUGAAUCAUUUUUGUCAGCGAACAAUGAACUUUUGAUUUGUAUACUUUUAUUGUGUUGAUCAUAAAAUAUUUAUAGUUUAUUGAAAACAUGGAUAAGUGGCGUAAUUUUUCACGUAAUUCUGUUUCAUUAAGUGCAUCAGAAUAUGAAGAAGAAGAAGAAGAAGUUCCAGGUUCCCUAGAAGUCAGCAAAUUAUCUGUUGCAACUCCAAAUUUUAUAUAUGCUCCCGAUAGCGAAGAAGAGAACGACAAUAAAAAUGACCUUGAAAACAUUUAUAAAUCCUCAAACAAGGAUAAAAUACACAAAACCCACCGUAAAUCAGAUAUUGUAGAUGAAAGUGAAGAAGAUGAAGACGAUGAGGAGGAAGAAGAUGAAGAAGAGGAGGAAAGUCACAUCGAAAAUAAUUCUUCCAGAACUGAUAAGGAAUGGCAGAAAAGUGAAUCGAAUUAUGAUAUAGAAGAUGAUUCGGAGAAUUCGGAUGAAUUUGAUACGCCAAUAAAAAAGAAGACAAGUGCAGCGAAAAAAUUUCAAAUUCUGGAUGACAAUUCGGAUGAUUUUGAUACGCCACUAAAAAAAAAGUCAAGUGCAGCGAAAAAAUUUCAAAUUCUGGAUGAUUCAACUGACGUGAGUGUAAAGGAUUCCAAUCAUUCCUCAAUUGUCGAAAUUCACGAUUCUAGUGAUGAGGAACACUUACCGCUUUCUAUCAGCAACUCUAGUGCUCCUGAUAUUGCCAUUUCGCUCGCAAAAGGAGAAACAUCAAACACUAGUAUCGAUCCUUUAAUGAUUCAAGAAAAAAUUUUGAAAACGUCCAAAUUGCAACAAUUACAGAAUGAUUUAGCAAAAGCCAAGAAUAUUUAUCAUACCGUGAAUCGAUCACAACUUCCGGAUCGUGGGGAGAAAUUACGUCUUAGUAUUGAAACUCUACAGGAGAAAAUACAAAAUGUUUCACUCGAAUUAGAGAGUUAUCCAAAAUUGGAUGAUUCUGUUUUAAGUGCAAUUUCGAUUAAAGAUGAAUCGUCAACGUCAAUUAAAGAUAUACGAGCCUCGUCACAGGAGCCGGAAAUAAUACCAUUAGGUGGGAAGAAAAUGGGUGAAAUGGCAAUGGCAACAUUUGAGCGUCAACAGGCACUGACUGUCGAGAGAAUUGAACAUUUGCAACAAUCAUUGAAUAGAUGCCCCGAGGAAAAUGAGGAGGCUGAAAAUCCACGAGGUUUAAAGACACAACUAAUGCCCCAUCAAAAGCACGCAUUGGCCUGGAUGCUUUGGCGCGAAAAGGAAAGACCACCUGGCGGUCUAUUGGCUGACGAUAUGGGUUUGGGAAAGACUCUGACAAUGAUCUCCCUCGUCGUUGCCACUAAAGAUGAGACUUAUUCCGAUUACAGCGAUAAUAAUGAAGAGGAAGAAGACGAGAGAUGGUCCAGUAACAGAAAGUACGGUCGUCCCAAAGGCGGAACACUCGUCAUUUGUCCAGCAUCACUUUUAGAUCAAUGGCAAAAUGAAGUCACCAAUCGUUGCAAACGCGGUGUUCUCACAGUUGAACUCUUUCACGGUCAGAGACGUGAAAUUGUUGCCAAACGUUUAGCACGCAAUGACAUGGUUAUAACGACAUAUCAAUUAGUAUCGUCAGAAUUUAAGAAGAAUUCAAUUCUCUUUAAAAUUCGUUGGAAGCGCAUUAUUCUCGACGAAGCGCACGUUAUUCGUAAUCAUGCUGGUAAAAUUUCCGAAGCCGUUUGCAAUUUAUCGGCAUGUUGUCGUUGGACAUUGACGGGUACACCGAUUCAAAAUAAGGAACAGGAUUUGUAUGCUUUAUUGAAGUUUUUACGAGUCACACCAUUUAAUGAUCUUGCUGUUUGGAAACGUUGGGUGGAUAAUAAAAAUGCCCAGGGACUUAAACGUUUGUCAACCGUCACGAAAAGUUUAAUGCUAAGACGUACAAAACAGGAGUUAAUUGCUAAAGGUACUUUGGAUGAAUUACCGGAGAAAUUUAUCACAACUAUCUCAAUUGAUUUGGACGAAGAGGAGACGAAAAUUUAUCAAUUGGUUUUGGCUUUUUCGAAAACUCUUUUUGCACAAUUCUUAACGCAACGGGCGGAGAAAAAUCAUAUGAUGGAAUUGAAUGCGGGAAAAUUCGAUAAACUUGCAUUUUUGAACAACAUUCCUGAAUCGCAGUUUGUCGCUGCUCAAAAACAAUUACUUGGACAUAAAGGAGACGAUGUAAAGGCUUAUCAUAUUUUAGUUCUUAUUCUUCGAUUGCGACAAAUUUGUUGUCAUCCGGGUUUAAUAAAAGAAAUGCUAACUAAAGAUGAAGCCGAAGCUAAUGGAAUGUCAAAUGAUGGUGAAGCUGAUCUUGAUAAUUUAACGGCGCAAGUUAAUAACAUGACACUUCUCGGGGAUGAAGAAAAUGAAGGAAAUGAAAAUUCCGAUUCUCAAAUAUUUUCUUCUUCAAAUCCAGUUUUCGAUUUUGAACGAAAAAGCUCUAAGAUUGCAGCUAUUAUUGAGAAAGUUGAAGAAAUUACAGAAAAGGGCGAAAAAAUGAUAAUUGUCUCGCAAUGGACGGGAAUGCUGGAAAUAAUAGGUCAACAUUUAACAGCGAUUGGUUCCGCCCAAUGGGAAAUGUUCUCUGGAAGUGUUCCAGUUAAGAAAAGGCAAGGGAUAAUCGAUAGAUUCAAUGAUAUGGAUAAUAGUUUGCAAAUUUUACUUCUCUCCUUAACUGCCGGUGGAGUUGGAUUAAAUCUCGUUGGUGCAAAUCAUAUUCUACUUAUCGAUAUUCACUGGAAUCCGCAAUUGGAAUCGCAAGCUCAGGAUCGAGUUUAUCGUUUUGGUCAGAAGAAAAAUGUUCACAUUUACAAGUUUCUGUGUAAGGAUACUAUUGAACAGAGAGUUAAAGAGCUUCAGGAUAAAAAAUUAAAUCUUGCUGAGGAUAUUUUUACAGGCCACAGAAGAACAUCAAACAAAUUGAGUCUCGACGAUCUUAAAAACAUUUUUGAAAUGUAAACGCAAAAAUGUUUAGUUCGAAAUCGUGGCCGGCCACUUAAAAACAAAGUAAUCUAAUUCUAUUUAAUUUGUAUUUUUUUAUUUUUUAUAACAACGACUUUUUUUAAUGCCUUUUAAUAUUUAGAAGCUACAAAGUAUAUUUUAAAUAUAGAUUCUAUAUACAUUUAUAAGUUUUCAUUUUUGUAAAAAUUUCUUUAUUGUAAUAUAAUAUACUUGUACAUUUAAAUUAUCUACAAA